CCGUGCUCGGUCGGUUCCUCACUCAGUCACCUCCACUCCCCCUCCCCCGCGCUCUGCCUCUGCACGUACGUAUGCCAACGAUACAGCGUGCAGAGAUGGGUGGCGCAGGCGCAGGCGUGCCGCGGCGGCCGGGCGAGGCGGUCGAGGUGACGGAGCUGCAGCUGCGCAUCCAGCUGCUGGGCGGCGGCGGCGGCGUUGGUGGCGCCGGCAGCGGCAGCUACAACAUCAACGACAACGCCGACAUCCUGGCGGAGAUCCUGUCGCGCCUGGACGGGCGGUCACUGGCGGCGGCUGCGUGCGUGUGCCGGCUCUGGGCCGCCGUGGCGCGCCGCGACGCCGUGUGGGAGGCGCUGUGCCUCCGCCACGUCGGGCCCCCCGCGCCACCGGCGGCGGCCGGCCCGGCCACCCGCGCCGUCGUCGCCGCGCUCGGCGGGUACCGCCGCCUCUACCGCCUCUGCCUGGGCCCGGCGCUGGACCGGCUGGCGCAGGUGCAGGCCCAGGCGCAGGCGGCGCGGGCGCACCACCUGUCGCUCUCCCUCUCGCUCUCGCUCUUCUCCAUCGACUGCUACGAGCGCCUCGGCGGCGGAGGGGCCAGCGCCGCCGGCGCGGGCAAGGGCAAGCCCGGGAGACAGCAGCAGCCGUCGUCGCUGCUGUUCCUCUGCAAGCCCGUCGACGUGUCGUGAUGGCAUGGCAUGGCAUUCACCUGUCGUCGUCGCUGCUGUUCCGAUCCUCUGCUCGUCCUUUCCACGUCGUCGCGUCGUCCUUGGCGUACGCUGCCCCUGGCCUUUGCUGCUAGCCCGCUGCAGUGGUCGAUUGAGUGCCCGACGGCCGGCGGCCGCCGCCGCCGCUUAACAUAAUCAUUAAUUAGUUUGGUUUCGUUGAUUAGCACGGACGAACAAUAAGCAAGAGAGGUCUUCAAUCAAUUCAAGCUGUACUAGUACCGGAGAGAGGCAUAUUAAAUUCCAAUAAUUAUCAUUCUUUUUUUGCUC